AUGGAGCUGCCCGAAGCGCUGCUGCUCCAGCGGCGCCGCGUGACGGUGCGCAAGGCCGACGCUGGCGGGCUGGGCAUCAGCAUCAAAGGAGGCCGGGAGAACAAGAUGCCCAUUCUCAUUUCCAAGAUCUUUAAGGGACUGGCAGCGGACCAGACGGAGGCCCUCUUUGUGGGGGAUGCUAUCCUGUCGGUGAAUGGUGAAGACUUGUCCUCUGCCACCCACGAUGAGGCGGUGCAGGCCCUCAAGAAGACCGGCAAGGAGGUGGUGCUGGAGGGAGCAAUGUGGGAAACCUGGAGCAUAAGGACAGGAAGGUGUUGGCUUGUGCCUGGUCCUCGAGACUUCGGGGAGUUUGUGGAAAAGGUCAAGGUUCGGCAGUUGCCUUGUCUGGAACAGGGUUCCUGGGAGCCCCUCUGGGCCGAGGUUCCCUCUGGAACACAUCACAUCCACAUUGUUCAGAAUUUCUUCACUCCUGACCUGUUUCUGAGGCCACUUCCAAGGAGCCAUGGAAGAAUGGCCUGUCCUUUGGAUGUGAACUUGGCAAGGCAGCUUGGGCAAAUUUCUUGGGCCCUGGGGCUUGGUAGGUACAGAAUCCCUGUAGAAUGUCCUGGAAGAACAGGUCUCACUAGCAAACUCCAGGUGCCAGCCAGAGGCCUCAUUCCGUAUCUGGAGAUCUGCGCAGCAGAUGGCCAGGAGACGCUCUUCUUGAAGGCCAAGGAUGAGGCUGGUGCAAGGUCAUGGGCUGGUGCCAUCCAAGCCCAGAUCAACGCGCUGAUGCCCUGGGUCAAGGAUGAGCUGCAGGCACUGCUGGCAGCCACAGGCACAGCUGGGAACCAGGACAUCAAGCAGAUUGGCUGGUUGACAGAACAGCUGCCCAGUGGGGGCACGGCCCCCACCCUGGCCCUGCUGACCGAAAAGGAGCUGCUCCUCUAUUCUAGUCUCCCUCAGACCCGUGAGGCCCUGAGCCGACCGGCCCGGACCGCCCCACUCAUUGCCACCAGGCUGGUGCACUCAGGCCCCUCCAAGGGCUCGGUGCCCUACGACGCAGAGCUGUCCUUUGCCCUGCGCACGGGCACACGCCACGGUGUGGAUACUCACUUGUUCAGCGUGGAGUCACCUCAGGAGCUGGCUGCCUGGACCCGACAGCUGGUGGAUGGCUGUCACCGGGCUGCUGAGGGUGUGCAAGAGGUGUCCACAGCCUGCACGUGGCAUGGCCGUCCCUGCAGCCUCUCCGUGCACAUCGACAAGGGCUUCACGCUGUGGGCUGCAGAGCCGGGAGCAGCCCGGGCCGUGUUGCUCCGACAGCCUUUUGAGAAGCUGCAGAUGUCCUCGGAUGAUGGCGCCAGUCUCCUUUUCCUGGACUUUGGAGGCGCUGAAGGCGAGAUCCAGCUGGACCUGCACUCGUGUCCCAAAACCAUGGUCUUCAUCAUCCACUCCUUCCUCUCAGCCAAAGUCACCCGCCUGGGGCUCUUGGCCUAGAAGUCACCAGAUGGGCUAGCCCUGAAGAGGGGGUGUCUGCCACGUGACCCGGCCCUCUGCUGACUGCCUGCUCACUGCUGGGCUGAGGGAGAGGAGAGGAGAACAGGGCCUGAGAGACCCAGCCUGUGAGGGAGGCUGGAUUGGUCUUGGGGGCCAGGACCCAGACCCAGGACCCAGUGGACCCUGCCUGUGAUGGGGUGGCCUUCCUGCUGCCCUCCUCCACCAGUGCCUUUUGCAGAGAGAUAUUUUGUGUACACAGAAGCCAUUCCGAGCCUGGGACCUGCCCCUGCGGGGAUCCCGACCCCAGCUAACAACUGAGCUGCCGGGCCUCCUGAGGCCCCUAUGCCACCCCAGAGGCCCCAUCUGAGGGUGGAGUUCCCUGGUCAGCAGCAGGAGAAAGAAGAGGAGCCUUUCUGUUCACUUUCCCUUCCGCCCACCACCUGAGGGCCCCUGGUUUUCCCUCCACCCGCCCCCCCACUUCCUCUCUCUCUCCUCCUUCUGCUUGGAUAAUAAACAGCCUGUGAGCACAUAGGCAGCCUG